AUGGAUGAACCCGUCGCGACGAUUGAAAAAUCGAAAAAAAUAGAGGCUAUAAACAAAGAAACGAUUCAUCAUAUUUGCUCUGGACAGGUUGUGCUCGAUCUUGCCAUCGCAAUCAAAGAGUUGGUAGAGAAUAGUUUAGAUAGCAGAGCUACAGUGAUCGACGUCAAGCUUAUUGAUUAUGGUAAAACGUGCAUUAGCGUUAAUGAUAAUGGCAGUGGCGUUUUAGAACAGGACUUUGAAGGCUUAGGUUUAAAACAUCACACUUCAAAGCUUCGAGAAUUCACAGAUUUAACUGAAGUAAACACAUUUGGUUUUCGCGGUGAAGCGUUAAGUUCAUUGUGUGCUUUGUCUGAGUUGAGUAUUAUUACUAGACAUGCAUCGAGCGAACAUGGUUUUAAAUUGGAAUUCGAUCGAAACGGCAUACUCAUGAGGAAGGAACCAUGCGCAAGGGAAAAGGGAACUACUGUGCAUGCGAGGAAUAUAUUCAAAAAUCUACCUGUCAGAGCAAAAGAGUUCCAGAAAAAUUUGAAGAAGGAGUACGCGCGCGCUAUCCAAGUCUUGUACAGUUACUGCUUGGUCUCUACCAAUAUCAAGAUUACAUGUACCAAUCUGAUGACAGGCAAAUCAUCUAAUCUUAUAGUAGCCACAAGAAACACUGAUGAUGUACUAAGCAAUGUUAAUUCUGUGUUUGGCAAAAAAUCUUUGGAUGGGAUUGUUAAGCUCGAACUUCAGCCUCCGGACGAAACAGUAUUGCAGGAGUACAAUUUGUCUAGCAACAUUACUGUAGAUUUUGAUUGGGAAUGUUACGUGAGUACGUGCGACCAUGCGAUCGGACGUUCCUCCCCCGAUCGACAAUUUUUUUACGUGAAUGGUCGGCCGUGUGAUCUCACGAAGGUCAGCAAACUAAUCAACAGCGUGUAUCAUAAGUACAAUAACAAACAAUAUCCUUUUAUCUUUCUAAACAUCAAAUUAGACAGACAAUGUGCUGACGUGAAUGUUACUCCUGAUAAGAGAACAAUAUUCGUUACGCAAGAACGCCUUAUACUGGCAACGUUGAAAUUCAGCUUAAUUACAAAAUGGGACAAACUUCAAAGGAAUUUUACAGCUAAAACUUUAACGGAGUUAAAUUUCGGUUUGAAAAGGACGAUCUCGUCUAAUUAUACGCAUCUGCCAGCUAAAAGAUUACAAAUGUCUCCUUCACUGUCGCAUACGACGAAAGAUGAUGCUAUUCAAACUCAUAUUAAAUCAAUGAAAAAACAUGUAGAUGUAGAAAUGAUGAUAAAUAUAGCAAUUAUAAAAGAAAAGUUGAAUGAAAAAGGAAGUAUUGUUAGAGCACCUAUUAGUACAGCUAAAAGAAUAAAGUAUAGAAUACAAAUGGAAGCUAAUCAAAGUGAAGCUGAAAAAGAACUGCAAAGAGAAUUGACAAAAGAUUCAUUUGGCAAGAUGGAGAUAAUAGGUCAAUUUAAUCUUGGUUUCAUAAUAGCUCGAUUAGAAGAUGAUCUAUUUAUCAUCGACCAACACGCUACCGACGAAAAAUUUCGUUUUGAGAAGCUGAGCAAUGAAACAAAGCUCAAAACGCAAAAACUUAUUGCACCAAAGUUGCUAAAUUUUUCUGCAUUGAACGAAACGAUACUUAUCGAGCAUCAACAAACAUUCGAAGAUAAUGGAUUUACCUUCAAUAUUAAUGAACAGGCUGAACCUGGUAAGAAGAUAGAAUUGAUAGGAAUGCCGGUCAGCGGUCACUGGCAAUUUGGUCAAGAGGAUAUAGAGGAAUUAGUAUUUCUCAUUAGAGAAGCAGGCAACGAAACCAAGAAUAAGCAUAUAUAUCGUCCGAGUCGUGUCAGACAAAUGUUGGCGUCCAGAGCAUGUCGUAGUGCAGUUAUGAUUGGCACAGCUUUAAAUAUCGGUGAGAUGCAGAAGCUGAUAAUGCAAAUGACACAAAUGCAGAAUCCAUGGAAUUGUCCACAUGGAAGACCUACCAUAAGGCACUUAUUAUCUUUAUUACUAAUAAACAAAUGAUCUGUGAUGUUCACAUAUUUCACAGACAUUGAUUUAUUAGAUGCAAAUAAUUCUUCAAGUCCAUUAUUUUAAUUAUUAAAUUAUUAAUUAGUAAAAUUAAAAAA